GUCGGCUCAGCAAUCCGCGCAGCCUCCAACGCCCCAUUCACCCAUAACCUCCUUUCCAGAAAGUCGGGUCCUGCAUCAAUCCCUUCACAGGAGCAGCAUCAGUGUGAAACAGGAGAUGCCAGAGAUAGAAUAUGCGUCCAACGUUUCUUCCACCGAUCCUUUGGCCACCGCCACAUCUGUAUCGGCCCUCAGCGCUUCGAGUCUACUCCCUGAACUCUUUCCUGUGCCCACGUCAGGGGCAAUGGAGUCGGUAUUUGAUCAGCAUCACAGAGUCCUCUCCACAACAUCGCACGGUUCACGAGGAAACGGAUGGGAAGCCCUCUCCGGUUCCAGCGACACGCGUUCAUCUGUACCAAAAUCAGUAACUCACGCGCGCUGUCCGAGUAGCAAUAACAGCAACGAUACUAUUGUAUCGUCCCUGUCUGUUCAGUCCGCGCCUUGCAGUGAGGGACUUUCCGCAGCAUUUGACUCGUCUUUCAUGGUCAACGAUGGACAUCUUGCGGACGUGAGUCAAUUAGGCACCAGUACUAAGGGCAGUAGCAGCACACACGCGAACCUCGACACAACCAACCUGACCAUCAAGCUGGAAGCCAAUAUAGAUAUGGACGCAAUAGCCAUCAAUAAUACAGAGUCACCGACAGCUCGCGAAGGAGAGGAUGUUGAUUCAGACGCCGACAAUACUCGACCUGCAACAUGUCCGCAUUGUAGCAAAGAAUUCCAGUCCAAGGGCCUACUUCGGUCUCAUAUCGUGAGCCACUCCUCCGAUCGGCCAUUCGUCUGCUGGGAUUGCACCGACAAGAGCUACAAACGGAACCAUGACUUGCUCAGGCAUAGGCGAGAGAAGCACAAUGUGGAUGGCAUGACCAUACCUUCUCGAGGGAGUAGUCGCAGCCAUGUGGCGGAGCCAUCGGGGACGUGUGAAGGAGGAUCUGUUCGGACACCACAUCAAGCUACCGUUGCCAGCCAGAGCCGUGUUCCUCAUCAAGAGAUUCUUUAUUCAAACCAUGGGAUGAUGUAUUUCGGCAACCGAGGUGCGCUAUCGAGUCUACCGUCCUCAUCUUCUGGCUCGCCCUUGGAUCCGCAUGGAGGCAUCGAAUACGGCCAGCAUCACCGCCAUGGAAAUCCUCUCUUGGUCCCUCAUACGCCAAACGUUGGUCUAGGAUUAGGUUUGGAACUGGGCAUCUUUGGAGCCAAGGACUUUAUGGGUGGAUUCAGCUCUAUGACGGGAGGAGCGAGUACGUCUUCGACAUCGUUGAUAACGACUAAAAGGAAACGCAAGCUGUCGAAUUUGAACUCGUCCACAACACCACAGGUAUCCUCAGCAAGCAUGAUGAUUCCACUACCAAAUCCAGUCGUCCCGUUCGAAACUUCUGGUACUCAAUUUACAACGACUACGAACGUAUCCUUAGUCCUCCGUCCUCCACAGCAGCUGUCAACCUUACCAGGAGCAUUUGAGGGCUUGGACGCAAAUAUGGGCCACUUUGGAAGCGGAGGCAUUUGAGGCUGUGUGGCAGGGUCCUUGGUCUUUCAGUACACUCUUUUCAUAUUUCAUUUGUAGCACCCUCAUCGUUUUCUCCUCUAUUGCUGUUCGCUUUGCAGAUUUUCUUUCUUUCUUUUCUUUCUUUUUUUAUGUUAUCCUUUCG